CCUCACGCCGCCGCCCUCUCCUCCUUCCUCCCGCCUCCCUGCCGUGCCGCCCCGCCGCCUCCUCCCUCGCUCGCUUCCUCCUCCCCUCCCGCCGUUCCCCUCCCCUAACCCUAGAAACCGACGAGUUCGGGAAGAAGGAGGGGGUAGACAAGGGGGAGGUGCUGGAGAGGAAGGUGGAGGAGUUCUUCAGGGCCCUGAAGAAAGGGCCCGAGGAGGGGAAGGCCGACGAUGCUUCGACAGCGGCGAAGAAGAAGGCGGUGUUGGGAGGGGCACCGAGGCAGGUGAAGCGGGAUGCGGAGAGGGAGGAAGAAGACUGGCCGCGGCCGCACCUCGCGAGCACGAGGAUGCAGCUGCCGCCAAGGUGGGACGGGCCGACAGGGACCGUCGUGCUCAUCGACAAGCCCAAAGAUUGAUAAGAGCCUCCAAAAUCUGAAGAAAGAGGCGGCUACACAUGAUGCCAAGCAUUGCAAGACAGCCGGGGAGAUAUGCUUGUUACAAUUUUGUAAACACUGCACUAGGACGUGAUGGCCAGAUCGUCGCCAGCUCCUACCCCGACCCCAAGGUCGCUGUCAGCCUCAAUCCCGAUGCCUAGGUCGUCGCCACCCCCAACCUCGCCGCCUAGCUUUCUCCUGGAACCGUUGUUAUGAACCAAUCAACUCUUUGAGAAUUAAAGUUUCUCUCUUCCUAGGAUGGCCCGAGGUGAGCAACCUUUGAUACGCUGUGCAAGGCGCCUAGGUGUCGUCUUCCAGAUAAAUCUGUCUGCCACUGACCGGCGUGAGCUCGCUUCGGCCUCCUCCUCCAGUCUUGCAGUUACUGCCUCAUUGCCAACCUACAACAACAAGGUGAGCCUCCUGCUUUUAUAUGUUGUCGUGAUUAAGAAGGUUGGAGUAGCUUUGUUAAUGGAUGGAAUCCCCUUCGUGCUUGCCAUCGACCAUGCUGCCAACGCCAAGUCCAGGAUUGGCGACCUCGCUGAGCGUGAGCCAAUCGUGCGAGAUUCACCAGGUUGUGGGGCUUGGUCAGCAGUGUGUGUGGCCAGUGGUUGUAGUGCACUGAAGUGGAGAGGCAGCGCCGUCGUUGACCAUGGAUUCAGCAGAUCCUGGGAGUUAUGUCAGGAUAGGGAUGCAAAAGUAAAAUCAGGUAUUUCUUCGUAUGCAAUUUCUAAUAGCAGGUCGUGUUGCCAAAGUGGCAGUUGCCUUCAGGCUCUUCUCCUAUCGAGGGUGACUUGACCUGGGGCUGGUAUUGCUAUGGUCUUACUCAAGAAGCUGACAACCUUGGUAUUUGUCUAUGAUAUCGACUGAUGCCAUCAAGACCAUUGGCAGCCACACUUAUGAUGAUGAAUUUGACUGCACCGAAUAAGAUGAGUUUCAUGGCUUACUAUCCAUCUGACCAUGAGGACAACAAUAGGGGUUAAUGCUCAUCUGAGCUUGAGCCGUGGUUAAUGCGACCGAUGUUUCGACCGCAUAAGAAGAUAAAUUUCUUUUGGUUUAUCGAGUAAUAUUAUCGUAUCUAGACAUGAUGCCUUUAUAAAGGCAUUCUGAAUCAGUGUGGUAGUAGAUUACCCUACCCUUAUUGUAAAUUAUUUGUGAUCACCCUCGAAUGGUUUAACUACUACAUGGUUAUGGUAAAUUAUGAAUGAAUUAUGUUGUAGUUUCA